AUGGGAUACACUGACGUUGACCAGCUGGCUGUCAACACUAUCCGUGUUCUGGCAGCCGAUGCUACCGCACAUGCCAACUCUGGCCAUCCCGGCGCCCCGAUGGGCAUGGCGCCGGUUGCUCACGUCCUCUUCAACCGUAUCAUGAAGUUCAACCCCAAGAACCCCAAGUGGCUCAACCGCGAUCGUUUCGUCCUUUCAAACGGCCACGCCUGCAUGCUGCAGUAUGCUCUUCUCCACCUUUACGGCUUUGGCCUCACCAUCGAUGACCUGAAGCAAUUCCGCCAAGUGGGUAGUAUCACUCCCGGCCACCCCGAGGCCCACGACACUCCCGGCAUCGAGGUCACCACCGGCCCCUUGGGCCAGGGUAUCUCCAACGCUGUCGGUCUGGCCAUUGCCCAGGCCCAGACGGCUGCCACCUUUAACAAGGAUGGCUUCCCCCUCGUUGACAACUACACCUACGCUUUCCUCGGUGACGGCUGUCUGAUGGAGGGUGUCUCCAGCGAGGCCUCUUCCCUGGCCGGCCACCUGCAGCUCGGCAACCUCAUUGCCGUCUGGGAUGACAACCACAUCACCAUUGACGGUGACACCAAUGUCGCCUUCACCGAGGACGUCACCAAGCGGUACGAAGCGUACGGCUGGCAGGUCAUCGAGGUCAAGGACGGCGACCACAACUUGGAGGGCAUUGAGAAGGCCAUCAAGGCCGCCCAGGAGGUCAAGAACAAGCCCACGCUCAUCAAGCUCCACACCGUCAUCGGCUUCGGCUCGCUGCUGCAGGGCACCCACGACGUCCACGGUUCGCCCCUCAAGGCUGCCGACAUCAAGCAGCUCAAGGAGAAGUUCGGCUUCAACCCCGAGGAGAGCUUUGUUGUCCCGCAGACCGUCUACGACCUGACCGCCAAGAAGAUCGCCGAGGGUGCCGCCUUCGAGGCCGAGUGGAACGAGCUGUUUGCCAAGUACGGCCAGAAGUACAAGGCCGAGCACGCCGACCUGGUCCGCCGCCUGAAGGGUGACCUGCCCGAGGGCUGGGAGAAGAACCUGCCGGUCUACAAGCCGACCGAUGCCGCAGUCGCAUCGCGCAAGCUGUCCGAGAUUGUCCUCAGCAAGAUUGAGGAGGCCAUUCCCGAGCUCAUUGGCGGCUCGGCUGAUCUGACGGGCUCCAACCUGACCCGCUGGAAGGGUGCCGUCGACUUCCAGCCCCCCUCGACCGGCCUGGGCACCUACGCCGGCCGCUACGUCCGCUACGGUGUGCGUGAGCACGCUAUGGGUGCCAUCUUCAACGGCAUUGCUGCCUACGGCACCUUGAUCCCCUACGGCGGCACCUUCCUCAACUUUGUAUCGUACGCCGCUGGUGCAAUCCGCCUGUCGGCCCUGUCACAGGUCCGCCUCAUCUGGGUUGCCACCCACGACUCCAUCGGUCUGGGCGAGGACGGCCCGACUCACCAGCCGAUCGAGACCCUAGCACACUUCCGCGCCCUGCCGAACUGCAUGGUGUGGCGCCCCGCCGACGGCAACGAGACGAGCGCCGCCUACUACGUCUCCCUGACCUCGAAGCACACCCCUAGCAUCAUUGCCCUGUCGCGCCAGAACCUCCCCCAGCUGGAGAACUCGACGAUCGAGCAUGCCAUCAAGGGCGGCUACGUCGUUCACGAGGACAAGAGCGCCGACGUCACCCUCGUCUCCACCGGUUCCGAGGUCGGCAUCUGCGUCGACACCGUCAAGUACCUGGCCGAGAAGAACGGGCUCAAGGCCCGCGUCGUCUCCCUGCCGUGCUUCGAGGUCUUUGAUGCCCAGCCGAAGGAGUACCGCCUCAGCGUUCUGCCAGACGGCAUCCCAUCGCUGUCCGUCGAGGUCAUGUCCACCAUGGGCUGGGAGCGCUACACGCACGAGCAGUUCGGCCUGAACCGCUUCGGUGCCUCGGGCCCGUACAAGGACGUGUACAAGAAAUUCGAGUUCACCCCCGAGGGCAUUGCCAAGCGUGCCGUCGCAACGGUGGACUUCUGGAAGGACGUCCCCAACAUCCGCUCACCCAUCAACCGUGCCUUCCAGCAGAUUGUGUAA